AUGAGCGAAAAAGUCGAUGAACAUGACCAUGUUGAGGGUUUACCGACUGCGACAUUUGCACUGGCAGCAGGAAUUUGUAGCUCACUAUUUGGUUUAUUUGCAGCCUUAACAAACGGCCUUCUUCUAUUUACAGUAUUCAAAGAUCCGUACAAUUAUUUUCGAGCUCGCGCGACCACGUACUUUAUCGUUAGUCUUUCUUUAAGUGAUCUUUUAGGAAGCUGUCUUGUGCAGUCAAUGUAUGGUGCGUCUAUGUAUACCAUCUCUACCGGAGGCCAACCGCAGAAACUCUAUGAAAUCGCACUUAUUUUCAGCCAUGUAACCACAAAGAUAUCAAUUCUUACAGUAGUUGCACUAUCGCUGGAUAGAUUUUUAGCUGUCCAGCUUUCAGUGAGGUAUAAAAGACUUGUAACAGUGCGAAAAGUAAUUGUUUGUAAUUCUUUAAUCUGGAUUUUCUGCAUUACCUUUGCAACUUCUCAUUCUUUGGAUGAAAAUAGGGAAGUGUUCCACGUAAUUGAUCUUCACCUUCAAACGACUAUUCCAUUGACUAUCAUGUGUGCCCUAUACACCGCGAGUUACACGGAAUUUCGCCGUUAUUCAAGAAACGUUGUUUUUGUUCGAGCAAACACAGGCGGACGGCCACGCAUUUUUCUUCGAAACAUUAGGUUGGAGAAAAAGAUUGUUUUUACUGUUGUUUUAAUUAUCAUUGUGCUCUUCAUAUCUCUACUGCCGAAUGUAAUCGUGACAAAUUUACAAGAAUGCUGCCAUGAAGAGCUUAGCAGUGAAUGCGGCGAGCCAGGGUUUUUGCUUACUAAAGCCCUCUCCGUACCGCUGUUGUGUGUUAGCUGUGCUUUGAACCCGUUUCUCUACGCUUGGAGAAUACCACAAUACAGGCAAGUUCUACGUUUAUUUGGUGGAUGGAUUUGUCAGAGAUUUCGCCUUAGGAGCCACACUGUUAACACAUUAGAGUUGAAUAUUCCGUCGGUACUAGCGUCUGCCAGUUUAGUCGAACAAAAAAUCCCAGAUGUUGGCCAUCUCGGAGAAGGACGAUCAGAAUAGAUUGUAAACGGCGAUUGUGACUUGAGAAAUUAAAACUUCACGAUCAGUAAUUCCAAGCUGUGGCAACAAUCAAAGUCAAAAUUUAAGAAUUAUUUUCUCUCAAAUUUUUAAACUGUUGUUACAUUAUUUUUCACCUUUAAGCUAGGAUGAAAGCAAAAUUGGCUAACGUGCCCCAUGCUGCCGUCAACUCAAAACAUCCUUUAAAUAUUUACCAUCACUGCUUCCAUUUUAAAGGUAGGCUGCGAUCAUCUGCAAACAUUUCUUUCUGUAAAUCAGAAAAAUAGGAAUACAACCCUUGAUCGCAGGUUAUUUAACUUAGCGCCAUGAAUAUCAUUAGGUUAAAAAACUGAGUAUUGAACGUAUAGUGACCAAUCAUGAUCUAUUACUUUACUCAAUGCAAGGCAUCAGAACUUUUGGCUUUAUAUAAAAGCCUGGUCUUCACUGGCGACGCAAGCAUUGCAUUCGGUAUUAAGGAAGAUGGCCUUGAUAUAAGCACCGAUAAGUUUCAACUCAAGAAUAUCAAAACCUUGCGUUCUUCCUACUACUAUGCUUAUAUAUAUAUCACGGCCUUUCUCACCAAGCUCAAAGCUUGUUAUGCUAAUACUUAUAUAGUUUAACCCCGUGUUACGGACACCCGCUUAAUACGGAGGGACACCUCUUUAUUACGGACCGUAUUCCUUGUCCCUGGUGAAAGUAAGCCCUCACAUUUUCUCUAAAUUCAACCCGCUUAAUACGGACACUUUCUUUGGCCCCCUCAGUGUCCAUUACGGCUCUGAAGCAACAAGGACGGCAAAAAUGCAAUAGGUUUAGAUUAGCAAAACAACAACUUUGCGCGUGCAUCACGUUUUCUUUGUACAUUUCUUAGCCGUCGUUGCACGACUACAACGUGAAAGUGCCUAAAUUCACGUUUUGUCGAGGACAGGAACACAAGGCAACUCCAAAAACAUUUGCCAACACUUAACGAAGUAAGCGAGAUGUACAUGUAGUAAGCUCGAUAAAGUUUGAAGCAGCGCAAAAUUCACUUUUUAAGUGACGUUUUCGUAGACGUCGCCGUCGUUGUUGCUAUUAACGGGCUCAGACUGAAUUGUGUCCCAAUGUUGCUCUAAAGUCGGGCCUAAUUCAAUUAGGUUCGGUACAUGAGUGGAGCUGCGUCUGAACCGGGCCUAACUUAUGUUUGGAUUAUGCUUAUGCUUAAGCUUGUGCUUUUGUCGUUAGUGAGGAGCUGGUUUUAGACUUUGAUAAAAUAAAAGGGGCACCCAACGACUGUUUUCUGUAAAACAUCUGUUCGGAGAAGCAAAUAUUGCCUAAAAUCUUCUUUUGCUACGGGACGGCUUAAAAUUUCUCAGUAGACGAACGUUCCAUUCAUGUACAAGUUUCGGUCUAAUAAAGUCCCUACGAUUUUCUGCAGUUUAAUUUUUCAUAUUUUACAACCCAGGUUACACUAUCUUAGAAAAGGGAAACCUAAAAUUUUCGGAUUCUAAAAUGUGAUAGAGAGUCAGGAAUUAGAAAAAUUUUCACUUUCGUAAAACGUUAAAUUGCACUUAAAAUUCCGGAAAAAUAACACUGAAGUCCUUGUAAUUUCGAAAAGACUUAAGUUCCCUUAAGAUGACAGAACAGAUAAAAAUUUUGUAGCGCCGCUUAGAAUGCAUUUUGAGAUAUCUAAAAGUGCUCUUGAUAGCCUAAAAAGUGUUUUCAAUGUAUUUUGGAAGAAAGCGCCGAUGGGUGCCUCUAAAAUUAGUAUAAAGAUAUUGGGAGAAUUAAAAACCGGGUCGAUCUGAUAAGACCGUGUCAUUGAAGUCGUUUUAUCUCCUAAACUAGGUUGAUCUUUCAGAAAUUUUGCUGUUAUUUGUACCGUGGGAAAUUAAUUCAGCUUAAAGAUGCUUUGUAAAAAUCAUGCACUUGUUUAUUAGCGAAUAGGCAAAUUUUAAGUGACAUGCGUUGAGUGAAAAACAGAUGAAUUGAUUCUGAAAGGAUUUGGCUGAUUCAACAUACAUGUACAUCAGAUGUCUCAUAUGACAUUUGAACAAUAUAGCUGCUAAAUCUGAGAGCAAAUGGUUCUUGAGUUCCGGAACUUUGCUGUCGAUCAGUGUCUGGAAACCUAAUGCGUCCUUCAUUAUAUACGAAAAAGAGGCGAAUAAAAAGAAUGGAAAUAGUAGGGAUUGAAGGGAUCUAAAAGUUCCUAUUAUUUCAAGCAAUAUUCCCUCAUCACGUAGACUGUAAAUUAAUAGAUGGAAAAGAAGUAUUUGAAGUUAAAUAGUCAUCACUAGUAGUCUUAUUAGUCUUAUUCUUCAGUAAUAACGUCAUUAAACGUUUGCGAGAUGGCCAAAUGAUUAGAGCAAUUUUAAACUGAGAUUUUGUUAUGAAAUUUUGCCUUCACCAAUUAGUUUAUUGACAUUAUCUGACAGUGCUUGUUAAUUUCCUGGUGGUAGAGUUUGAUUAUUUCUCUGUCAUAUGGACGUAACUUUUGUCAUUAAGACAUAAGUACUGCAAAAUAACAACUUCCAUCAUCGGCGUUAUUUUCCCCUAGGACGAAUUAACUAUUCAUGCAUCCAAGGCGAUUCAUUAGUCUUAAGCAGUAAUCUGUGAGUUAAAGAGUGUCUCCGGUAAGCAUACAGUGCUUCACUUUGUUAUAAUUAUGAACGAAGAAGUCGAUGAACAUGACCAUGUUAAAGGUUUACCGACUGCCACAUUUGCAAUGGUAGCAGGAAUUUGUAGCUCACUAUUUGGUUUAUUUGCAGCCUUAACAAACGGCCUUCUUCUAUUUACAGUAUUCAAAGAUCCGUACAAUUAUUUUCGAGCUCGCGCGACCACGUACUUUAUCAGUAGUCUUUCUUUAAGCGAUCUUCUAGGAGGCUGUCUUGUGCAGUCAAUGUAUGCUGCGUCUAUGUUUACCAUCUCUACCGGAGGCCAACCGCAGAAACUCUAUGAAAUCGCACUUAUUUUCAGCCAUGUAACCACAAAGAUAUCAAUUUUUACAGUAGUUGCGCUAUCGCUGGAUAGAUGUUUAGCUGUCAAGCUUUCAGUGAGGUAUAAAAGACUUAUAACAGUGCGAAAAGCAAUUGUUUGUAACACUUUAGUCUGGAUUUUCUGCAUUACCUUUGAAACUUCUCAUUCUUUGGAUGAAAAUAAGGAAGUAUUCCACGUAAUUGAUCUUCAUCUUCAAACGACUAUUCCAUUGACUAUCAUGUGUGCCCUAUACACCGCGACUUACAAGGAAUUUCGCCGUUAUUCAAGAAACGUUGUUUUUGUGCGAGAAAACACAGGGGGACGGUCGCGCAUUUUUCUUCGAAACAUUAGGUUGGAGAAAAAGAUUGUUUCUACUGUUGUUUUAAUUAUCAUUGUGCUCUUCAUAUCUCUAUUGCCGUAUCUAAUCGUGACAAAUUUACAAGAACGCUGCCAAGAAGGGCUCAGCGGUGAAUGCAGCGAGCCAGGGUUUUUGCUUACUAAAGCCCUCUCCGUACCGCUGUUGUGUGUUAGCUGUGCAUUGAACCCGUUUCUCUACGCUUGGAGAAUACCACAGUACAGGCAAGUUUUACGUUUAAUUGGGGGAUGGAUUUGUCAGAGAUUUCGCCUUAGGAACCACACUGUUAACACAUUAGCGUUAAAUAUUCUAGCAUCUCCUAGUUUAGUGGAACAAAGAAUCCCAGCUGUUGGCCAUCUUGAGAGAAGACGAUCAGAAGAGAUUGUGGACGGAGAUUGUGACUUGAGAAAUUAAAACUUUACGAUCAACAAUUCAAAGGUGUGGCAACAAUCAAAGUCACAAUUUAAUAAUUUUAAUCUCUCUGUUUUUUUAAACAGUGGUUACAUUAUUUUUCACCUCUAAGGUAGGAUGAAAGUAAAAUUGGCCAACGUGAUUCAUGCUGAGAGUCAACUCAAAACAUCUUUUAAAUAUUUACCAUGACUGAUUUUAUUUUAAAGCUAGACUGCGAUCAACUGCGAACAUUUUUUUCUGUAAAUCAGAAAAAAAGGGAAUACAGCCCUUCAGCGCACGUUAUCUAACUUAGCGCCACGAAUAUCAUCAGGUUAAAAAACUGAGUAUUGAACGUAUAGUGACCAAUCAUGAUCUAUUACUUUACUCACUGCAAGCCAUGAAAAGUUUUAGCUUUAUUUAAAAGUCUUGUCUUCCCUGGCGACGCAAGCAUUGCUGCGUUAUUAAGGAGGAUGGACUUGAUAUAAGCACUGAUAAGUGCUUAUAUAACCUUGCGUCCUUCCUACUCUUAUGCUUAUAUAUAUCGCCGCCUUUCUCACCUCCUUCUGCAUAAAGCCUCUUAUGCUCAUGCUUAUAUAGUCGAGCCCCCGUGUUACGGAAACCCGCUUAAUGUGGAGUGACAUCUCUUUAUUAGGGACCGUAUUCCUUGUCCAUGGUGAAAGUAAGCCCUCACAUUUUUUCUAAACUCAACCCGCUUUAUACAGACACUUUCUUUGGCCGCCUCAGUGUCCUUAUAUUAGGGAGCUUAUGCAACGAGGACGGCGACGGCAACGAGAACGGCAAAAAAGCAAUGGGUUUAGAUUAGCAAAACAACAACUUUGCGCGUGGAUCACUUUUUUUUUUGUUCAUUUCUUAGCCGUCGUUGGACGACUACAACGUGAAAGUGCCUAAAUUCACGUUUUGUCGAGGACGGGAACGCAAGGCAACAACUUUGUUUUUCUUUUCCUGAACUUUGAUACAGUCCUUUAGAAUUCAACUCCAAAAACAUUUGCCAACAUUUGACGAAGUAAACGAGAUGUAGUAAGCGCGAUAAAGUUUGAAGCAGCCGGAAUUCACUUUUUAAGUGACGUUUUCGUAGCCGUCGCCGUCCUUGCUGCUUGAGCUCCCUAUUAACGGGCUUAGUCUUUACUGUACGCCAAUGUUGCUCCAAAGUCGGGCCUAAUUCAAUUAGGUUCGGCACAUGAGUGGAGCGGCGUUUCAACCGGGCCUAACUUAUGUUUGGAUUAUGCUUAUGCUUAAGCUUGUGCUUUCCUCGUUAGUGAGGAGCUGGUUUUAGACGUUGAUAAAAUUAAAGGGGCAUACAACGACUGUUUUCUGUAAAACAGCUGUUCGGAGAAGCAAAUAUUGUCUAGAAUUUUCUUUUGCUUCCGGACGGCUAAAAAUUUCUAGAUGAAUGUUCGAUUCAUGUACAAUUUUCGAAGCUGAAUCUAAUUAAUUCCCUACGAUUUUCUGCAGUUAAAUUUUUCAUUUUUUAAUACCCAGGUCACAAUAUCUUAGAAAAGGGAAACCUAAAAUGUUCGGAUUCUAAAAUGUGUUAGAGAGAGGAAUCAGAAAAAUUUUCACUUUCGUAAAAUGUUGAAUUGCACCUAAAGUUUGCGGCAAAAUAACCAUGAAGUCCUUGUAAUUUGGAAAAGACUUAAGUUCCUCUAGGAUGAUCGAACAGAGAUCUAAAAGUACUCUGGAUAGCCUAAAAAGUGUUUUCAACGUAUUUUGGAAGAAACCGCCGUUGGGUGCCCCUGAAAUUAGAGAUACUAAGAGAUGUUGGGAGAAUUAGAUUGAUUGCAGAAGUCGUUUUAUCUCCUAAACUAGGUAAUCUUUAAGAAAUUAUGCUAGCUGUUGUUUUUACCGUGGGAAAUAAGUUCAGCUUAAAGAUGCUUUGUGAAAAUCAUGCACUUGUUUAUUAGCGAAUAGGCAAAUUUUAAGUGACAUGCGUUGAGUGAAAAACAGAGUUGAUUCUGAAAGGAUUUGCGGCUGAUUCAACAUACAUGUCGAUCAGAUGUCUCAUAUGAUAUUUGAACAGUAUAGAUGCUAAAUCCUAGAGCAAAUGGUUCUCGAGUUUAGGAACUUUGCUGUCGAUCAGUGUCUGGAAACCUAACGCGUCCUUUAUGUACGAAAAAGAGGCGAAUAAAAAGAAUGCAAAUAGUAGGGGCUGAAGGGAUCUAUAAGGUCCUAUCAUUAUUUCAAGCAAUAUUCACGCAUCACGUAGACUGUAAAUUAAUAGAUGGAAAAGAAAUAUAUUUCAAGUUAAAUAGUCAUCAUUAGUAGUCUUAUUAGCAAGUGGUAAAAUUUGUUGGAGUAUAGCUGAUUAAUUUAGGCCCAGUGCAAAGGUCGAUCUUUUCAUGUACCGAAUGUAAUUACCCUUUUUAGACCUUAAUAAUAUACACGAAAAAAUUACUCAAUUCUGAUUGGCUGAGAAAGGAGUGCAGCUCUUCUGUAACACGGGUGCAAAAUGUGUAACACGAGUGCAAACUUGUAACACGAGUGCAAAUUACAAAUGCUUUCUGAUUGGCCGAAAACACAAAAGAAACCAACAAGAACCAAUCAGAUUAGAGCUGUUUUAACAACACAGACUCAAGAAAAUGGCCAUGGUUUUCAGCAGACGACGACGGGAUUAAAUUUGGUAAGCAAAACAACAAUAGAGAAGUUAACAAAAAUAUUCCAAAAAAGCCCGAACACGGUAAAAAGUACGUCUUUCUCGCUAAAUGUAUUGAAAAUGCGUUGCUAAGAGAAAAAUACUGUCGACAAAAUCUAGGAAAAUGAGCCAGAGAAGCUAAAAAAAGCCACUCAUAACAGACUACGCUAAAGUAAAAAAAAUAAAGAACAAAAACGGUUGCAACCACACGUAAACCAUGACAGCUACACUCUUCAGGCAUUUAAAUGAACAAGUAUUAUUCAAUGAUAACAACAGGGAUUUCAAGUCAUGUACGUUAUUUGUUGCUCUCUUUGAGUCUUUUGUGAAGCGAAAACCUCUAUUAAAACAUCCAUGUGAAGGUCUGUUUUUUUUCUGCCUCAGUAGCAAACGAAACUGAAAAUUUAAACUUCUGGUCCAAACUAAACCAAUGGGUGAAAAUACCACAACUCACACGAUGAAAAGUAUCCGUAGCUGGUACUAGCCUUAAAGAAAGUGAGAAAAAAGUUUACGAAUCAUUGUGCAAGAAAAACAACAUGAAGUCAGGUGAAGAAAGCAAAGAUUGUGAGUUCAGAACAUAUCCUCAGUGUCACAGGCCACAGAGGUAUAAAUUUCCUUAACGACUACGAUGAAGCCGACGAAGAAGAGCUACGAUGAAUCUUGCAUUAGGCCAAAUAAAAUAAUGAAAACUCCAGCGCUGAGAAAAAGCAAAUAUUAUAUUAAUACUGACAGUUUCCGACAUCACAACAACUGUGGCUCCACUCACCCAUCGAUGGUAGCGUCGAAAGAAGACAAAUUGCCUCCUUCAUUUUCGGGUUUUAAAUCUCAAAAAUUUGUCCAUGAAUCCAGCUAUGAUGGGGUCUCAGGAACAGACAAUGAUAAACAGUCGUUAAAAAUCCUUAGCAAGUGUCUUUCAUCUUUGGCUGCUCGAAGCGUUCUCCUGAUUUAAAAACGGCAGUAUACUUCUUGAAAACGCUUCUUGUAAACGCCGAGCUCUCAUAAUCGAGGAUGAAUUUAAAAACACUUACUUUUGCUGAUUGUUGUAAACCAAGUUAUCUUUAACAGGCUGGUGAUCAUAUAAAAAAAUCCUUGCACAUUUCCAAGUUCUUAGCUGAAUGAUUUUGAAAGCGUUGGUCUUGAAAAAGUUUGAAUUUGACAAAGGUAGUAGUCUGUUUCAGCCAAUCAGUUGAAUGAACUAAAAACGCGCGCGCUGUCAAAAUUUGUUGUCGUAGUUAUGUUUUUCGUGUAUAUUGAUUAUUAAUAAGUAAUCACAUGAUUUUUCUCGUGCAAUUUGGAUUAAAUAAGCACUUGUAAAUUUUUCAAAGACCACAAAGUGCACUCGCCCUACGGGCUCGUGCACUUUUGUUAGUCUUCGAAAAAUUUACUCGUGCUUAUUUAUUCCAAAUUGCACUCGAAAAUCAUGUGAUUACCUAUACAAAUAACACAAGUUCGACAGUUGAUUCAGACGUCAAACUUGACUAGUCGGGCUCAAUUCCUUUUCACGAUGUUCAAUGGUUUAAAAUGCUUACAACUGAAAAUGAAUUUUAGUAAUUUAUGCAUUAGGUUCGGCACAUGAGAAGUUCGACGUUUUUUCACUUUGAAACGAAGUCGCUCCACAGUCGAAACUCCCGAGUUGGCCACUCGAUCUUAUUUCAUGUGUCGACCCAAAUUAGACAUGUCGCACUUUAUUGAUUCAAACUUCGAUCUCUUCAUCCACUUGAUUGAAGAGAUUAGGUUCAGUACAUGAAAGAUCAACUUUUGAACUGGACGUUAGAGUUAUAAACAUAACGAGGAAAAUGACAGCUGGUCUUUAAUUGUUCGUUAGGCGAAACAGCUAGGAUUAAGAUACAUCUGACGGAAACAAAACAUUUUAAAAUCAUAGAUACUUUUAAUUUGGUUUUUAAGAAGAAACAAAAAGCAUACAGCGGUGAUAAACAUAAGGAAAUAUAAACACUUUUGUGGAAAAAAAUAAAACUUUAACUUUUGCCUCUCCAAGGAAGCUUGCAGAGUAUCUGCAAUAUCUUGCGGGCAACGACACCGCAUACGAAGAAUAUUUGUGUUGGAAGACACAGUGUUAACGCAUUCGAACCCGCUGUGCUUGUGAAUUGUACAAACAACUUCAUAACCAAAGUCUUUAUACACCGUCGAGAGUAUACACAAACAUGGCAAAAUUCUGGAAUAGAAAGCAGUGUAAAAAUAGUAUGCACUCCUGUACUAGUCACUUUCCUUCUUGGCACGGUUCGGAUACGGUGCUAGAUAUUUACUUCUUCGAGAGGUUUUUAGGCCAUAUGUGUUAUCGGACAUGAAUGGUUCUCAACAAUAGCCAAAGUUUGAUCUGUUAGACUAAAAUUCUAACAUGACUCUGAGGCUUUAGUAGCCUCCCUUGAGCUCCCCUAAGAACGCCUGCGUGGUAGGCUAAGGCUUUAGGGACAAAAUUGCAAAUUUUUCACGACGUCAUUGUCUUUAAAUUACCUGGAAAGACUUGAGCACAACGAAAACCACACCAAAUAUAGAAAUAUGACCAGAAAGCCUUGGAGACAUGCUAGAAUUUUAAUAUACCGAACGUGGGCUAUUUCGUAACGUAUUUUGGCGAACACCUCUUCAGCCAAGAACAACUUAGAUAUUUUAUUAAGCACCAUAUCUCCUCUAUUUAGUCCCUGGGUGCCCACAAGGAGCCGUUCAAUAUUUUCGCUCUGUUCACACGGAACUAAGAAACCAAAUAAAUAUUGUCUUUUGUCAGUGGUUUUAAUAUCUGUCCUUGUGCAGAGCGCUCAUUAAGCAAAUCCUUGACCACGCCUUUGCUGUACAAUAAUUUAGACUGUUAUGGUGUUCACACCACGCCGGUCAAAUUGUUGACAGUAUUAAACAGUUGAAUUGAAUUACCGUAAAAACUAAAAGUUUGACCCCUAUUUUGGCGUUCAUAUUCUUUUGAACGGCUGAGGCGUCUAAAUUUUCGUUCGUUUAAGGUGGUUCCGUGUGGACGGAACACCUCAAUUUUCAACCAUUGCAUAUUAGCAAGGGAUACGACAGUUAUUUUGGACGAGCGAGGUCGAGGAAAAUCUAAGAAGCUAGCAAAUAUCGCUAUAUAUCGCUAAUUUGAUCGAAUGUGUGUGAGCUUUGGUGUUGCUAUAAUCUGCUUGUGUAAACCGUUUUGAUAUUUUGUGUUCGUGAUUGUAUAAUUUUGUUAAUUUGUUUUGCGGGCCGUGUUGCGGGAUCGCUAUCUAUUUCACGGGACUGGAAGGUCAUUAAAACUUAAAUCUUUUCUUUUUCUCUAAAAUGGGGAAGUUCUAGUCUCCAGAAUAGGUGGUGGGUGUUGCCUUUUGUACAUCGUCUUAAUCAUCAAUAUUAUUACCCUAAAAUCUCCACUCGGUUUGCCCCCAAAAAUAAUUAAACGAAAACUUUUAUUGGUUUACGGGAUUUAAUUACAAAAUUACAGGUGUAUGCCCUAUACAGUAUUAAAAUGCGGUAAAGCAAGAAGAUCCAAUGCUCACAGUCUCUCACAAAUACCUGUCAUUUAGCUUCCUCUUUGAAAGCUACAGCUAAGCGAACUUUGAGAGGAAUGAUAUGGGGUUCCACUAGCUCUGAAGAGCUGAAAAUACGCACAAUGUAAAGUAUAAUACAUCCUUUCAUGAACCUCCUAUUGCUGUGUCUAAACUCCUCAAUCUUGCUGUGUACUGGCCGUCAAAAGUGUGACCGGUCGGUAUGAUUGCCUGUAAAAUUUGCUCGACGAUAGAAAGGAAUCUCUAAAAUUCAUUACACUACUGGACAUUUCAUUUCAAAAAAGUACCUAAGUCUAGUUUUCUAUGACAAUAGAAACCUUAAAAUCUCCAAAUCCAAGAAAUCGGAACAGUAUUUCCGUGAUAAAAUCGAAAUUUUUAUCCGUCUCUUCGAUGAACACUUAGCUUGCCAUUUUGACAGUCACUGACACGAGACGUGACGUCAUACUGGCAGGCAGACUGUACCAUAGAUUUCCUUGGAGACACCUUCCCCCCCCCUGGGUGUUUUGGAUAGGUAGUUCCUUGAAAUGUCAAAGCGCUCGAUGUAACAGUUUCCUUGACUUUGUAAAACCGAUAGUUGUUUAACUCCUUUUAGCAAUAAACGAAGAAACUGAAAUUAACAGUCGUGCUUAAUUAAGGCUCUAAUUUAAAGCAGUUCCUUUUAGAUGUUUUAAUCGCUUCAUUGGUGAUGAAACUUCAAACGAAACCCGGCGCUUGUUAAAUUUCUCUUCAAAAUAAGAAAUCAUCAGGAGAAAUGCUCUCUUAAUUUGCAUCAAAACUGCCGCUGAAGUGGCCACUGUAGCAGUACAAUAAGAGUUUCUAAAAUUGCAAAGAAUAUUGUCUGUCAGUCGAAAUAUCCAGACGAUCUAUCAUUAUUUAUUGGUCUCAGCUGUGUCGGAUGUUAAUGUAAUCACAAGAAGGUGAAAAUAAUAUAUGGUCAAAUAUUUGUUAAGGCAGUAUUGUUAAUGGAAAGAGUCGGCGAAAACUCAAUGACAAUCUUCAUGCUCACUUUCUUAUUUGAUUUCCAAUCUCAUUUCUAGUCUUAAUCGGAUUUAAAACUUUGUCAUAUUUUUAAAAGCUCUGGAUUUUAUUUUUCCGACAUGAAGGCCUAUUUAACGACCUUUUUAAUCCAUUAGUUACGAGUUAAUUGGCAGAGGGCUUUUUCAUUUUAUACAGAAAUACUUCCUAAGUAUCUUAUUUCAUCAGGUCAUUUCGUAAAACAAAAGAGAUUCUCUCGUUUUGUUGCGUCGAUUUUAAGCGUAAGUUUGCUCUUCAACCAUCGAAGAUUAACAAUGAUAACUGCAAACAAGAAUACAGGGUUUCCGCUGAAAUAUUCAAAUUUCUCACACUGCACCCGAUGUUGUUGUUUUAAAUCCUAUGUUUUGAACAAACAAAAGCCAAUUUUCUUUGUUGUUUAACGAUUCAUCUGCUUUCGAAUUAGUGAACAUUUUCUAAUCAAUCUUUUCGGAAUAGCAUUUCUGAGUCUUCAUUAAUAACGUCAUUAAACGUUUGCGAGAUGGCCAAAUGAUUAGCGCAAUUUUAAACUGAGAUUUUGUUAUGAAAUUUUGCCUUCACCAGUUAGUUUGUUGACAUUAUCUGACAGUGCUUGUUAAUUUCGUGGCGGUAGAUUUUGAUUAUUUCUCUGUCAUGUGGACAUAACUUUUGUCAUUAAGACAUAAGUACUGCAAAAUAACAACUUCCAUCAUCGGCGUUAUUUUCCCCUAGGACGAAUUAACUAUUCAUGCAUCCAAGGCGAUUCAUUAGUCUUAAGCAGUGAUCUGUGAGUUAAAGAGUGUCUCCCGUAAGCAUAGAGUGCUUCACUUUGUUAUAAUUAUGAGCGAAGAAGUCGAUGAACAUGACCAUGUUGAGGGUUUACCGACUGCGACAUUUGCACUGGUAGCAGGAAUUUGUAGCUCACUAUUUGGUUUAUUUGCAGCCUUAACAAACGGCCUUCUUCUAUUUACAGUAUUCAAAGAUCCGUACAAUUAUUUUCGAGCUCGCGCGACCACGUACUUUAUCCUUAGUCUUUCUGUAAGUGAUCUUCUGGGAGGCUGUCUUGUGCAGUCAAUGUAUGCUGCGUCUAUGUUUACCAUCUCUUCCGGAGGCCAACCGCAGAAACUCUAUGAAACCGCUCUUAUUUUCAGCCAUGUAACCACAAAGAUAUCAAUUCUCACAGUAGUUGCACUAUCGCUGGAUAGAUUUUUGGCUGUCAAGCUUUCAGUGAGGUAUAAAAGAGUUAUAACAGUGCGAAAAGCAAUUGUUUGUAACGCUUUAAUCUGGAUUUUCUGCAUUACCUUUGAAACUUCUCAUUCUUUGGAUGAAAAUAAGGAAGUAUUCCACGUAAUUGAUCUUCAUCUUCAAACGACUAUUCCAUUGACUAUCAUGUGUGCCCUAUACACCGCGACUUACAAGGAAUUUCGCCGUUAUUCAAGAAACGUUGUUUUUGUGCGAGCAAACACAGGCGGACGGUCACGCAUUUUUCUUCGAAACAUUAGGUUGGAGAAAAAGAUUAUUUCUACUGUUGUUUUAAUUAUCAUUGUGCUCUUCAUAUCUCUAUUGCCGUAUCUAAUCGUGACAAAUUUACAAGAACGCUGCCAUGAAGGGCUUAGCAGUGAAUGCAGUGAGCCCGGGUUUUUGCUUACUAAAGCCCUCUCCGUACCGCUGUUGUGUGUUAGCUGUGCAUUGAACCCGUUUCUCUACGCUUGGAGAAUACCACAGUACAGGCAAGUUUUACGUUUAAUUGGGGGAUGGUUUUGUCAGAGAUUUCGCCUUAGGAGCCACGCUGUUAACACAUUAGCGUUAAAUAUU